GUGCGCAGACACUCGUGUCCUUCUCUCGGCGCUCGACGCAUCGGGUGUUGAAUGCGACAGAACGCGGCCAUUGGACCACAUGUUAUCAACCGCAUUAAACUUCGAAUAAGUUGUGAAAAUAUCUGCCGUUUGAACCCAGUUUCAUGGAAGAUUCUGGUGAGCUCAUGACCGAGAUGUUGGACAAGAAUGCCCCUGAUAACGGGGACGCUCCUGCUAUGGAGGUCGCGGGGGUCAAUUACGUCACAGAGCCGACGGUGAACCCAGAACCCCACGAGUAUGAUCCGAUCCAGCAGACGUCUGCUUCAGAACCGCUUCAGCUGUACUCGACAGAGCAGAACGACGAACACACGGCCAGUGCUUCAGAUCCCGGUGUGGAGAUCUCCAACGGACAGCACAUGGAGCCGGACGCUGUGAAACAGCCCGAAGCGGGCGACUCGGAGAGCCCUUCCAACAUGGAGCUGGAGGACGCCCCUAAAGAAACCUCAGAAGCGGUGGAACCAGCGACAGAUGCAGCUGCCGCUCAAGAUCCCGGACUUCCUGCGGAAUAUGAGCGGCUCUUUAAGGUUGUGGAGGACAACCCUGAAGACUUCAAUGGCUGGGUCUACCUUCUGCAGUAUGUUGAGCAGGAGAACCACCUGGAGGCUUCUAGGAAGGCGUUUGAUGCCUUUUUCCUGCACUACCCCUACUGUUACGGCUACUGGAAGAAGUAUGCAGAUAUCGAGAAGAAGCACGGAUACAUACACAUGGCUGAUGAGGUUUACCGCCGAGGUCUGCAGGCCAUUCCUCUCAGCGUGGACCUGUGGCUUCAUUAUAUCACCUUCCUGCGAGAGAACCAAGACACCAGUGAUGGCGAGGCGGAGAACCGCAUCAGAGCGUCCUAUGAGCACGCCGUUCUGGCCUGUGGCACUGAUUUCCGCUCCGACCGUCUGUGGGAGGCUUUCAUCGCUUGGGAGACGGAGCAGGGCAAGCUGGCCAACGUCACAGCCGUCUACGACCGCAUCCUGUGUAUUCCCACGCAGCUGUACUCCCAGCACUUCCAGAAGUUCAAAGAGCACGUCCAGAGCAACAACCCCAAGCACUUCCUGUCUGAGGAGGAGUUCGUGCAGCUGCGGGUGGAGCUGGCUAACGCUAACAAGCCCAACGGAGACGACGCUCCGGGAGAAGAGCUUCCUCCGGGAACAGAGGACCUGCCGGAUCCCGCCAAGAGAGUGACGGAGAUCGAGAACAUGAGGCAUAAGGUGAUCGAGACCCGCCAGGAAGUGUUCAACCACAACGAGCACGAAGUCAGCAAGCGCUGGGCCUUCGAGGAAGGGAUCAAGCGUCCGUACUUCCACGUCAAAGCCUUGGAGAAGACGCAGCUGAACAACUGGAGGGAGUACCUGGACUUCGAGCUGGAGAACGGGACGCCGGAGCGUGUGGUGGUUCUGUUCGAGCGCUGUCUGAUCGCCUGCGCGCUCUACGAGGAGUUCUGGAUCAAGUACGCCAAGUAUCUGGAGAGCUACAGCGUGGAAGGCGUCCGACACAUCUUCAAGAAGGCCUGCACCAUCCACCUGCCCAAGAAACCCACCGUGCACCUGCUCUGGGCUGCGUUUGAGGAGCAGCAAGGCAGCGUGGAGGAGGCGCGGCGGAUCCUGAGGGAGAUGGAGGAGGCUGUUCCUGGUCUGGCCAUGGUGAGGAUGAGGAGGGUGAGUCUGGAGCGCCGGCACGGACACAUGGAGGAAGCAGAAGCCCUGCUGAGGGAUGCCAUCACCAAUGGGAAGAACAGCAGCGAGGCGUCCUUCUACGCUGUGAAACUGGCCCGACAGCUGCUCAAAGUGCAGAAGAGCAUCGGGAAGGCCAAGAAAGUGCUGCUGGACGCCGUCGAGAAGGAUGAGACGAACCCGAAGCUGUACCUGAACCUGCUGGAGAUGGAGUACAGCGGAGACGUGCAGCAGAACGAGGCGGAGAUCCUGGCCUGCUUCGACCGAGCUCUGAACAGCCCCAUGUCUCUGGAGCAGCGCCUCACCUUCUCUCAGCGCAGGGUUGAGUUCCUGGAGGACUUCGGCAGCGACAUCAACGUGCUGGUGUCAGCGUAUGAACAGCAUCAGAGACUCGAGACGGAGCAGGAGUCACUGAAGAGGAAAGCAGAGAACGGAUCAGAGGAGUCGGACUCAAAGAGACAGCGGACAGACGACCAAUCAGGAGCCUCGGGUCAGAUGAUGCAGGACAUGCAGGACAAUCAAGCCGGAUACAACUACAACAACUGGUACCAGGUCAGUCCUGCUGUGUGUGUGUGUGUGUGUGUGUGUGUGUGUGUGUGUGUGUGUCGUGACCGUGUGUGUGUGUGCUCUCUCUCCAGCAGUAUAACUCGUGGGGCGGUCAGAACUCCUGGGGUCCGUACGGUCAGUACGGUCAGUAUAACCAGUACUAUCCUCCUCCUCCAACAUAACGGAGCCGUCCGUCUGCUUCAGCUUCUACAUUCAGCGUCUCCAGCCACACACUGUGUGUUCCUUUGGUUUGUUAAUGAGCUUCAUCUCCUCUCUGUGUGAUCCUGUUUUCAGAGAAACGUGACAUGAAGAUGUUUUUUAUUUUGCCUUGGUUUCAUAAUAAAGAGAUUGACUUCC